AUGAAUAUUCUGGAAUGGGCGUUUGGCAAGCGAAUGACGCCAGCGGAGCGUCUGCGCAAGAACCAGCGCAUGCUUGAUAAGGCGAUCCGAGAAUUGGACCAGGUCCGAACCAAGUUGGAGAAGCAGGAGAAGCAGCUCAUCACCCAGAUCAAGCAAAGCGCCCAGAAGGGACAAAUGGGCGCUUGCAAGAUCCAGGCCAAGGAUCUGUUCUACGGCAUGCGCAGCCAAUUGCAAAAGAUCUCUCUCCGGCUGCAGACCUAUCGCACCAAUGAACAAAUGAUGACGGCCAUGAAGGGGGCAACCCAAGCUCUCGGCACCAUGAACCGUUCGAUGAACCUCCCCGCCCUUCAACGCAUCGCCAUGGAGUUCGAGCGCGAGAACGACAUUAUGGACCAGAGACAGGAGAUGAUGGAUGACGUUAUGGAUGAUGCCAUGGAUGUUGGUGCCGAGGAGGAAGGCGAGGAAGUUGUCGAGCAAGUUUUGGAAGAGAUUGGGGUUGACUUAACGUCGGCGCUGGGCGAAACACCAUCCGGGAUGCAAACGGCGGCCGUACCCGAAGGCAGAAUUGCCCAAGCAGUUGGAGGAGGCGGAGGCGGAGGUGCGGAUCCCGGCGACGACGACCUGCAGGCCCGCCUCGAUAGCCUUCGGCGGUAG